AUGGCAGACAUUUUUAAGAUAGAUUCUCCAAAAAAAUUUCACGAUGAUGACGUAGGUCGAUGUUCACCAUUGCUUUUAAAAGAGCAAAAUGGUCAUAAUGGUUUAUCUAAAGAUGAUGGAUCAGAAGAAAAUGGUAAUAGUCGUCCGAGCAGUCGACAAAGUUCUCAAGUUAGCUAUGGAAAUUCAACUCAUGAUGAUUAUCAAAGGCUCAUUCAACAACCGAAUCAAAUAAAAUUCAAACAUAAUUUAUUAAACGAACAACAACAACAACAACAACAACAAGAUAACACAAAAUUGUUUCCACAUCAAAUAUUAAGUAGAGCUCAGUUACAGAUUUUAUUAAAACAACAUUCUAUAUUUAUACAAGAUCAGCAAAAUCAUCAUAAACAGUAUCAUCCCUACUUUCUCCAACAGCGAAAUGGGAUAGAAAGGCGUCAGUUGGAACAAAUAAUGCAACAAAUCCAAGAAAGAUUACAAGCAAAUUUCAUACAACAAACACAUUUAUUAGAUGCAAUUGAUAAAAAAGGUGGAGAAGUGGCUCAGUCACAAUUGUUAGCCUUAAGACAAGAGCAACAGCAAUUGAUGCAACAGUGGCAAUUUACUCAACGGAAAUAUUUACUACAAAGAGGAUUAAAUCCGGGAGAAAUACCGAGUCCGUGGAAAGAACACCCAAGAGAAAAUAUAGAUGGAAAUCAUCCAUUAAAUUAUAAAAAUUUUCACGGUCCGAAUGGUAUCCUGAAUCCUCUUGAUUUCAUCCGUUGGGACGGAUUGAAUGGUUUAUCAUCUUUACCCGAAGAAUUUUUAGAAGAAUUUGCAGAAAAAUUAAAUCCACUCUACGGACACGGAGUUUGUAAAUGGCCAGGCUGUGAAUCUGAUUUUGAUGACUUUCAAGCUUUCAACAAGCAUUUGAAUUCGGAUCAUAAUUUAGAUGAUAGAGCAACAGCACAGGCUCGGGUUCAAAUGCAAGUUGUUUCACAGUUAGAAAUUCAACUACAAAAAGAAAGAGAUCGUCUUCAUGCCAUGAUGGCACAUUUACAUAUGGCUAAACAAGCCGUUGAACAAAGUAAAAAUGAACAACAUGAAUCAAAGUUAAACAUAUCCUCUGGACCGAAUUUGGAUGAAAAACAUUUGGAUCAUAUUUCAUUUACAAAAAUGAUUGCUGAAGUUCGUUCAUCUGUUUUGCAGCCAUUAUCAUCAAAUAUCAGCCCAUCUGUAAGAAGAAAAUUAAGUGAAAAAAAUAAUUCAUCAUUGGUUGGAGAAAUUCAAAGAAAUCAAGAAUUUUAUAAAAAUGCUGAUGUUCGACCUCCAUUUACAUAUGCUUCAUUAAUACGACAGGUAUUUAAGUUAC